AUGAAGGUUGCAUUCGUUUUGCUUUCGAGCUUACGGCUUGGAGCAGGAUUUCCCGGGAUGAUGGGCGUAGGCCGAAACUCAUCACCAAAACCCAUUAGCAAAAGGACCGAGCCCAGCGUCCGUCAGCCUCUCUUCUUAUCCAAGCGUCCAAACACAGGGAUCACAAAUCCCCACCCUACUUUCAACGCCACAGCCCAAUUCGUUGACGUCGGACCGCACAGUGGCCACGAGUUUCAAGCUCCUGGGCCAAACGACAGACGUGGCCCAUGUCCUGGGUUGAACGCGGCUGCUAAUCAUGGCUUUAUCCCGCAUAAUGGUAUCCUGACUGCGGCAGAUGGUGAGUGCUUGGAAUCUACUACUGCCGGUGUCUACAGUCUCACAAUCGUAGCUUUGAAGGGCCUUGAUGAAGCUUUCAAUGUUGGUCCUACCUUCUCCGUCGGAGCCUCAGCGGUAGGCGUUGUAUACGCAGGUGAUUUCCUCACAGGUACUUGGUCGAUUGGAGGAAAGUAUCCUGGAUCGGUUCCUCUCCUCACUGACCCUCCUGGUCUUUUGGGCACGCACAGCAAGUAUGAGGCAGAUGGAUCUCCUACUAGGGGUGAUGCAUACCUGAACGGUGGCAAUGUUGAUGUCUUGGACAUGAACUACUUUGCCCAACUUUACAACCUCGGCACCGAGUACACGCACGAUAUUGUAGCUGCACAUGCAGAGUAUUGUCAAGCAUACAGCAAGGCGAACAAUCCUUAUUUCUUUCUCGGGCCGAUCGGCGCUUUUCUCUCCCCGGGGACGAAUGGGUUGAUAAUCAAUAUGAUGAGCAAUCACUCCGCGGACAUACCAGGCGGAACCUUGACAAGAGAUGUCCUCAAGUCUUUCUACUCUGUGACAGGGGAGCCAGGCAGCUUCGUGUAUAAGCCGGGGUACGAACGUAUACCCGACAACUGGUACAAGCGACCCGACUCAUUCGGCCUCGAGGACAUCGGCUCCGACGCUCAGAUGAACAACCUCAUGUACCCCGGGCAAAUCUCCUUAGGCGGCAACACAGGCAAGGUCAACACCUUCACUGGUGUCGACCCCGGCAACCUAACAGGCGGUGUCUUCAACGCGGCGAAUCUGUUCCAGGGCAACAAUCUUGCCUGUUUCGUGCUCCAAGCAACGCAGCAAGCGGUUCCGGGGCAGUUUUCUGGUCUGCUCGGCAAUAUAGGUGAUCUGGUGAAGUGGCUUGCAGAUAUACUAGGACCGAUUACUAAGGAGCUGGGCUGUCCGCAACUGGACGUCUUUCGGAAGGAGAUGUUUGCUCCUUUCCCGGGCGCAGAGAGCUAUCUACAUUGA